AUGCAUCUACAUCUUCAUCUUGGCGAGUGUGUUCAUGACUUUGGGCCAAUUUAUGCUUUCUGGUUAUUCAAUUUCGAGAGAUACAAUGGUUUGUUGAAGAAUAUCGAAACAAAUCAAAAAGGCGGCUUCGAAUCAACAAUGAUGAAGAGAUUUUUGGAGAGAACAUACAUUGGCAGCUUCAUACAAUCUUUCGUCAACCAUCUUCCCCAGUUCGCAAUUGACUUUCUGCAUCGCAUUUCAAAUAGUUAA